CAACAAGAGACUCUCGUGAUCAACGCUAAAGCAGACAAGGUCGAGAGCGGCUACGCCAACAGGCCCACGACCCCCAAGGCGACGGACCUGGUGCCGAUCAUGGCCGAGAAGCGCACGGGCAUGUACCGGCUCGCAGUGCAGAGCGUGCAUCUGCGCGAGUGCCUGGCCGAGUUCCUCGGCACGUACGUCAUGCUGGUCUUCGGCAUGGGCGUCAACAACCAAGUGACCAACUCGCAGGACGCCAACGGCACGUGGCUCAGCAUCAACAUUUGCUGGGGCAUCGGCGUCAUGAUCGGCGUCUACUGCUCCGAGGGCAUCAGCGGCGCCAACUUGAACACUGCUGUGACGUUCGCCCACUGUGUCUACGGCCGUCUACCGUGGUGGAAGGCCCCCGGUUACAUGUUCUCGCAGUCCCUGGGCGCCUUCUGCGGCGCGUUCACGAUCUGGGUCAUGCAGUGGCAGAACUUGAACAAGAUCGACCCCAACCGUGAGACCACGCAGAGCAGCUUCGCCACGUACCCUGCUGACGGCAUCUCCAACUACACGGCCUUCUACACGGAGUUCGUGGGCACGGCCAUGCUGGUGCUUGCCAUCUACGCCAUCACCGACCAGAAGAACCGUCCCGCCGGCAAGUACGGCAACGCCUUCGCCUUCGCUCUGAUGGUCAUGGCUCUGGGUAUGGCCUUCGGCAUGAACACUGGCUACGCUGUGAACCCGGCGCGUGACUUCGGCCCUCGUCUCUUCACGUUGUGCGCUGGCUGGGGAACGAAGACGUUCACUUCGCAUCAUUACUACUUCUGGAUCCCCAUUGUGUCGGACCUGCUUGGCGGCGUAGCUGGUGCCGGUCUCUAUCGUCUCAUGGUGGAGAUCCACCACCCCCAGACGCCUCUGCUCUAAGCGGAAGGAAGAGUGCACUAGAACGCGAUUGCAGUCGUAGACAAGUGUGCGUUUUAGCUGAUGGUAGGCUAUGUGAAGACUGCUAAACGGAACGAAAAUACAUUAUUUAACCAAAGUGUG